CCCCUACGCACAGCUCGGUCUAAUUGUCACCCUGUUUUUUCUACAACCCCCUCCCCCCCCCACUAGAUAUAUUACGAUCGUGCAUAUGAUCAAAUGCACUUUACUGAAAGGCGCUUGCUAUGAUGACUCACCGAAGUCCUUAUUUAUUGAGGCACUAUGAUUGAGAUCAGUGAUAGAAAGCAGAUGUUCGCCUCGACGUCGUACGUACGUGAUUAUAUUUAACAUUUAACCUCUAUGAUGUUAUUAUGACACUUCCUAUAUCUACUAAUAUAUGCACACAAAUUAACAAGCAGGACAUUGCGCUCAUCCAUCGUGUACGAGAUCACGUCAAGUAAGUCAAGUAACUGUUCUCAAGUUAUAUAACCUGCAGAAGUGUUAUGGAUCCAAGUACUCGAUCACUAAACCUCAUCCUUAUAUCCAUUGUCAAUGGAUUCUUCUUUUUCAUCGGGAUAUUUCUCAACUCCAUUGUAAUAAUCUGUUUACUAAGGUCAAAUCAACACCUGAAGCGAUUGUGUUCGUUCAUGAUUCUGGUCCUGAGCUGUUUUGAUCUUGCCACCGUAAUCGUUUGUCAUCCCUUGAUAAUAACCUCAACCUACAUCUGGUCAACUGGCGACAACGAACAGACUAAUAUUUACCACAGGGUGAAGAAAUAUUCCAAUAUUUUAUUCCAUUUUUCAUUCAUGGCAUUGUUGGUUAUGAACAUCGAUCGAUUUUUGGCCGUGAGUUUCCCGUUCUUUCAUAGACUGAAUGUAACAAGACGGCGUCUGAUGGCUCUGCUUGGAGUGUUUUUGGUUCUAAUCCUCGUCGAAAGAGUCCUCGCUUACCGAGAUAUCUUCGGAAUCAUGUGCUAUGCAGCAGAGGCUGUGUUAGUCGGGGCACUUCUGGUGGUGAUCUUUGUCAUCAAUUGCAAAAUGUACAAGACCGCCAAGACGGCACAACGAGUAGCCACCACAGGUAUAUCUACUUGUAUAUUGGCCGUGGCUUGUUUCAUCGUGUUUUCGGCGCCACUUUUAAUCUACAGUGCAAUCCAGUUCGCUCCAGAUACUUUACAUCAAGGCAAUGGAAAGUUGUUUAGUCUCUGGGCUAGCACGUUUGCGUGUAUGAAUUCUUCCGUGAAUUGUCUCCUCUUCUUCUGGAAAGACAGGAAUUUGCGUCAAGAAGGAGCGAAGGUAUUGGAGGGCUUCGUUAAGCGAGAAUCGAGUACGUUUGAGACAGACAAUCAUGACAUGAGAGCGAUAAAAAAUCAUCGGGAAGCUUAAAAGACUAAUACUCGAGCAAUAGAGAUGGGCCACCCAUAUGAUAAAUCUUCAUAUUGUAGAUUUACGUUUGUUGGUGGAAGUUGUUGAACUUAAAGCGACCUACAUUGAACGCUACUUUCAUAGAAACUUUCUGAAGAUUAGUUGAACUCACUGAACUCAAAAAGACCUUCAUGAAAGGCUAUCUACUUGCAUGGAAAGUUGAACUCAUUGUACCUAACAACCUAAGGGACGCUAUACUUUCAUAGAAAGUGUCUUUAAAUUAGCUGAAGGCAUGAAAUCAAUUCUCCCAUUGACGAUUUUGAACGUCGAAACAAGGAAAUAGUUUAAUGACAGUUUUUCUAGAUCUUCUAUAAUGUACACACCUUUAAGACGGAACCGCACUUAAAAGUUUCCUUUUUACUGAAGUAGGAAAUAAGAAUGUGUAGAAUGAGGAAUUAAGCGUGGUCACGCAUUGUUACAGGGGAUAUUUCUAGCUCUAGAUUAACAAAAGAAAGGUUUGAUGAGUGUUCCAACUAUGUUUCAACUCAAAUAAAAUACAUAAUAGUGUUGGGAAAACAUUAAGAACAGCUAACCAAGAUCGCGUGAUUGCCAUCUCUUAUGCACUCUUAUCCUCGCCUCAUCCGGGGCUAAUAUUCUGUCUUUGUCAAACAAUUAAACCAUGAUAAGUCAUUAACUUUCAAAAAAGCUUAUAAGAAUAUCGCAUGUGUGUUUGGUUUAUACCAGCUACCUUUUAGAAUUGUUACAUCAUUUUCAUUGAUUACAUCAUUUUCACGGCUCAAAACAUAAACAUAACCAAAGUCCGUUCUGCGCAUAUAUUCUGCGCAUCAAUACAUUCCAUCAUUGGGGGAGCAGCAACCUUUGGAAUGUUGUUAAUAUUUCGCACCUUCCGAACUUUCUUGAAUUGAAUCUCUAGUCUGCAUUCAUUUACAAGCAUAGCGAACCGGAAGAGUGUUAAAAAUUCAGUAAAAUAUAUAUCUAAUCAUAUUUUACAACUGUAGCACUGAGUUCAAAAUGUAAACAAGUAAA